GUCCCAGGACAGUAGUGAGACAUGUCCCGUUUUGUGCCCAUCUGUGUUUGGAGUCUCUGCACACAGGGCCGGAAGACCCCACCAGAGGAGACUGAGCACCUCAGGCGUCCGUGUUUUCCUGAUCGGAGUCCUUGCUUACCGACUGUGGCAACGGAACACGAGAAAGUCAACAUGAGUAAGGCGCAGAGCGCAGAUCCGGCCUCGUACCGCUGCUCCGCGUGCCAUGGGGACGAGGACUGGGGGCCCAACCACCCCAUCCGGGGCCGGGCCAAGUCCCGCAGCCUGUCUGCCUCGCCUGCCCUGGCGAGCACCAAAGAGUUCAGGAGGACUCGCUCUCUGCAUGGGCCAUGCCCGGUGACCACGUUUGGACCAAAGGCCUGCGUGCUGCAGAACCCCCAGACCAUCAUGCACAUCCAGGACCCUGCCAGCCAGCGGCUGACAUGGAACAAGUCCCCGAAGAGUGUUCUCGUCGUCAAGAAGAUCCGGGAUGCCAGCCUGCUGCAGCCCUUCAAGGAGCUGUGCGUGUAUCUGAUGGAGGAGAACAACAUGAUUGUGUAUGUGGAGAAGAAAGUUCUGGAAGACCCUGCCAUAGUGAACGAUGACCACUUCGGACCAGUCAAGAAGAAGUUCUGCACCUUCCGAGAAGAUUAUGAUGACAUUUCCAAUCAGAUCGAUUUCAUCAUAUGCCUGGGAGGGGAUGGGACCCUGCUCUACGCGUCCUCACUGUUCCCGGGCAGCGUGCCUCCAGUCAUGGCGUUCCACCUGGGUUCCCUAGGCUUCCUGACCCCCUUCAACUUUGAGAACUUUCAGUCCCAAGUUACUCAGGUGAUACAGGGGAACGCGGCUGUUGUUCUUCGGAGCCGACUGAAGGUCAGAGUCGUGAAGGAGCUCAGAGGGAAGAAGAUGGCGGUGCCCAACGGGGUCAGCGAGAACAGCGUGCUGCCCGCGGACCUGGACGCGGAGGUCGGGAAGCAGGUCAUGCAGUACCAGGUCCUGAACGAGGUGGUGAUUGACAGAGGCCCCUCCUCAUACCUGUCCAACGUGGAUGUCUACCUGGACGGGCACCUCAUCACCACGGUGCAGGGUGACGGGGUGAUCGUCUCCACCCCGACGGGCAGCACAGCGUAUGCGGCCGCCGCCGGGGCCUCCAUGAUCCACCCCAACGUGCCGGCCAUCAUGAUCACGCCCAUCUGCCCCCACUCGCUGUCGUUCCGGCCUAUCGUGGUCCCCGCGGGGGUCGAGCUGAAGAUCAUGCUGUCGCCAGAAGCAAGGAACACUGCAUGGGUGUCCUUUGACGGACGAAAGAGACAGGAGAUCCGCCAUGGGGACAGAAAAGUGAGUGCUGGUGAGGCUCAGAAGUCCGCACCAGGGCCGCGUGUGCCGUGCUGUCCCUCAGAGCCUGGUCCCAGGGCAGGAUGCCGAGGGGAGUGUGCUCUUCCGUGAUUCCUCGUCAGACUCGUGCUUCAGGCAGCCGUUGAAGUUCAGAGGGCAUCAGAACGGCUUGAUCUGUCUUUCCACGUCGAAAAUAAAUGUCUUGUAGCCAAAAAUCUUCCUUUAGCUACCACGAUUUUCCCCUUAAAUCCUGCACCUUUUCCCCUAAAAGGACUGGAAGGGGAGGCUUCUGUAGAGAGCAGUUUGGUGUUUGAUUGGCUGAUGCGUGGAGGGUCCCCUCCUUCCUGCCCCGCACCUGCCCCGCACCUGCACCUCCUCUGGGCGCACCUUCCUGCCUUGGUCUCCAGGCCCUCCCCUCCCCCACUGCUGUGGCCUGCGAGCCCUGCCCAGCGAGCCCCGCUGGGCCCAGCGGUGGCCCGGUGGGAGGUUAGACCCAUGCACAUUCCUCACCAAGCAGGGGCGGCUCCCUCUGCACCCUGGAAGGUAUUUUAAGUCCUAUGUACACUUUGUAGAGAUCAUUUUAAGCUUUUUGAACUGCUUAUGUACAGCUUUUAUUGUACACCGAAGAGGGAGGGAGCGGGCUUUGUUAUGAAAUGGAGCUUGCUCCAAUGUUUACACGCGUUCUGUGUGCUGGGACCACUCUGUUCAGUGUGCUCACCGUGGGGGUGACGGCCCACGGGGAGAGGGUGCUUCUCGGUUAGUAAGCCGUGGUACUUGCCACUGCAGCUGGAAGAUGGGGACGCAUUGCUUAGUGAGGAAAGAGGUGGUUGGGUCGUUUUGUGUUGGUUCUGCUCUUGCUUCUCCCCGUGGGCCUUCGGCUCGCAAGGAAGCUCCCAUCAUUCCAGUGGUCACUCCACUGCCCGCUGGCUGCAUAGGGCGUGGGCACGUGUGCUUGCCACAUGGGACCCCGAGCCUGUGUUGUCUCGUGGGAGCCGUGGCUCAGUGCAUGUGGCUUUGGCCCCUGGUUAUUGUUUCCUGACAGACGUCCUACAUUUGGGCAUCUGUUUCUGAGUAACUGGUAUCUCUUAGAGCUGCAAUUUUUAUCUAUUGAAUUGGCAAGAAUAGAAGGGACAGAAACUGCCCUUUUUUCUUGGGCCCGCUUCUGGGGUGACAGGGAUGGUCAUGUGCUUUGUCUUGUGGGAGGGUCACAUGCCUCAUUCUUGGGCUGAUAGAAAGGCUGGGGGCCCGCGCGGGCAGCCACCCUCAGCCAGGGGCCUCCGUAGAGCAGGCUCUGCGGUCUGAGCGUGGCCUCCUACAUCCAUGCUUCGGGGCUUCUGGCCCUCAGGUGGUUCUUGGCUGAUGGCCUGGGGUUGGAAAGGGAGGGGCCCGCAUGGCCAUCCAGCAGGGGCGGGAUGCGGUUAGAGGGUUGCUGCCCAGCCUCCCUUGGGCUGAGAGGGACCCAAACCAAAACUCCCAGCUUUAGGUCCAAAAGACAGUGGCAUCUGGGAUUUGGGUCACUGGUUUAGACAAAAAAAAAGUAUUAACCAAGUCCAAAAGCAGCAUGAUUUGGAAUGAUCUAGAAAACGUCGGAUUUUUUGAAGUAAAUUCUUAAUGUUUCAUAUUAUUAAUAUCUUGAAUAUUUGUUAGAUGUCGUUGAAAGCCUUAUUACAAUAUUUUCAGAUCCUUUCAAUAAACAGACUUGUUUAAAAA